AUGUCUGCCUCAUCUACAGCAGAGACGUACGAUCAGAUUCCAAAGGUGGAGAGCAAUGGUGAUACUCAGCAUCUGGAGAGACUGAGAACUGCCGGCGGCCACGUCGACGAUCGAAGUCAGCCUGCUCUGCCCACUGUUCAUCGUUCUUUUGCCAAUCCUGCUCCCUUGGGUCUGCUCUCCUUUGCCACAGGUAUCUUCUUGAUUUCGAUUCUUGGAGUCCAUGCUCGCGGCAUACAGACUCCCAAUGUGCUCGUCGGAGUGCUUUUGUUCUUUGGUGGCGUGUGUCAGUUCAUCUCUGGCAUCAUGGAAUUCGUUGCUGGGAACACUGUAAGUUCUGAUUCAAAAAGGACAAGACCAUCUUCUUACAAUCUUAGUNUUGGAGCCACUGUUUUCCCUGCUUAUGCAGCAUUCAACUUCUCAUACGCCAUGAUCUAUAUUCCUGGAACGGGCAUUCUUGCGUGCACUAGCCNNUAUACCGACUCCAACGGGCAACUCAGUGCUGAUUUCGAUAACGCACUCGGAAUGUAUUGCUGGGCCUGGUUCAUCCUGACCGUUAUCUUCACUGUCGCCGCAAUGCGCAGUUCGUGGGUCUUAUGGUUCACAUUGUUCUUCCUUGACAUCGAGUUGAUCCUGCUGGCCUGUGGAUACAUGCUGAACAGCUCGGCCACCCUUGUGGCCGCAAAUUCUGUUGGCUUCGUGGUCGCCUUCUGCAGCUAUUGGGCUGGCUGUGCUGGAUUGUGGUCGGGAGGGUUGACGCCUAUCGAGUUGCCCACCUUUGCCAUGACUAAGCAG